CUGACCCGGCCGCUCUCCCCUCGCUCGCUCCAGCCCGGGCGCGCAGGGCCCGGCCGCCGCCAUGUCGGGCCCGUUCGAGCUCUCGGUACAGGAUCUCAACGACUUGCUCUCGGACGGCAGCGGCUGCUACAGCCUCCCGAGCCAGCCGUGCAACGAGGUCACCCCGAGGAUCUACGUGGGCAACGCGUCUGUGGCUCAAGACAUCCCCAAGCUGCAGAAACUGGGCAUCACUCAUGUCCUGAACGCUGCUGAAGGCAGGUCCUUCAUGCAUGUCAACACCAAUGCCAACUUCUACAAGGACUCUGGCAUCAUCUACCUGGGCAUCAAGGCCAAUGACACACAGGAGUUCAACCUAAGUGCUUAUUUUGAAAGGGCUGCAGACUUCAUUGACCAGGGCUUGGCUCAAAAGAAUGGCCGGGUGCUUGUCCACUGCCGUGAGGGUUACAGCCGCUCCCCAACACUAGUCAUUGCGUACCUCAUGAUGCGUCAGAAGAUGGACGUCAAGUCUGCCUUGAGCAUCGUGAGGCAGAAUCGUGAGAUCGGCCCCAACGAUGGUUUCCUGGCCCAACUUUGCCAGCUUAAUGACAGACUAGUCAAGGAGGGGAAGUUGAAACUCUAGGACACCCCCACAGCCUCUUCUCUAGAGGUCUGAUGGGAAGGCCCUGCUUGAGGGUGUCCCAAGCCGCCAUGUUUAGGAAACAGUUGUACCCUUCCCCCAGAGUCACAAGGCACUUGCCUACAUGUCUGUCCCAACAUGGCCCUGGGCCACUUCCCCCUAUCCCCAGGGGGCCUAUAAAGAAGCUUGCCAAGGAGGGCAUUCUUGCUUCCUGAUUGUCCUGUUCCUGUAAUUUAUGUCCUCUUCUUCAGGUGGGCACUUGGGAGGGGAAGGCCUGUGGCAUGCAUGCUUCUCCAUGACCCAGGGCAGGAGGUCUCUGGGAAUGUGAGGCCUGAGCCACUCACAGGGGCUCCUCAUGACCUCCUUCCCACAGCCUAGAUUCUCUCCUAAGUGGAGACCUCAGCACCUUGAGCCCAGUAAAGGCACUAUGCAAGUGUGGCCCCCUCUGUCCCCACCACGUCUGUCACCUGGUUUCAUCACAGCCUUCCACACCCUGCUCAUGCACAGAGGCGCAUCAUGGGGUCUGAAGCUGGGCUGGGGGUAUCGUCAGUUAGUGGAUGGAAAUUCCCGUGAAGAGGCUGCUUUUUAAUUAUUUCCUUAGGAUUCAAGAUAUGCCACACAAGGAGCCUGCUUGGGUGGGCAAGCGCGUUCUCUUGGAGGACUCCCCUAAAUGCAUAGAAUUUUUUUAAAUGUGCCUCUUUGGAAGGCCAGAGUUCUGAAUGCACUGCUUUGGAAUAUUUCCUUGGACUACUCUGUGACUUCGCUUGUUAGGAGAGCUAUGCCUCGGGGCACGGUUUUAUUUUUCUUUUUUAGAAAACAGGGUGUUGAGAUCCAGCCUAUUUAAAAACCCCACCAUUUGGAGAAUUACAAGGGUUUUGUCUUGAAUUAUAGUGUUGGCAAGCCCAAGCCACUCGUGCUAACUGCUUUUUUGUCCCAGUUGCUAUUCCAAGAACCAGAGGAGGAAGUGAGCCAAUUACAGCGAGUGUGCGGGGUGAGCGCGUGGGGGCGUGCCUCUCAGACCCGCAGCCAGAGGACAACAGGGAAAGAAGAGUUCCACUUACAGGUGGCUCAGACCUCUCUGGUGCCCUUGCAGGAGCCCUGGAGUGAUGCAGCGAGAGAGAAUGAGCCAUGGUGGAGCAUCCACCUGGGUCCUUCGCUGGUGGCAGAGCAAACAUGAAAAGGACUUUUUAAAGAUGUUGUCAGAGUGCACACUAGCACAGUGUGCGCACAUUUGCCACAAGAUGGGAGUGUGUGUUGAACUGUCUUGCUGGGACUUUACAUUCUUGUUAUUAUGGAAAGUAAUGCAAUGCUGUGUCUUCAGGGUCACUCAGGGCAGAGAGGUGGUCCUCAGCACUGCUCCCAGCGCCUACUCAGAGAAGUCUCAUCCAAAUUUCUGGAAUUAAACUCUGGUUUUGAGUGUCAGAUAUAUUUAGGGUGUUGUUCUAGUGGGUGUACCCAGCUCCCCGAAGUCUAUUAUAAAUUUAUGUGGGAUCACUUGCAAGGAUUUGCACAGGAGUCUUGCUUAAAGUGAAAGAAGUGUCAGGGACUUUUGUUGAAUAUUUAAAAUUCAGCUUUAAAUUUAAAUUCUAGCAGUGUUCAUGUCAAGGUGGGGAAUGUGCCUUUUUCAGUGACUAGGAGCUUCCAGCAGAGAUGAGAAGCAGGUGGCCUAAAAGCCUCACUCCCAGGGGUGCAGAUCUCUGAUCACAGCAGGAACAGUGCUGCGCAGCCAGGACUGUCCCCAUCCUCUUUUUUUCUAUAAACACAAUCGCCCUGAACAACGGGGAUCUGUUGUCCUUACCAGAUAUUGGGCUGUCGAGAGAGACCCACCUAAAUGGAGUGGUCAUCCCCUGAGCUGUGGACCUCACAUCACAGUUCUCACUUAAUCUAACUUGAUCCUCAUGGAAACCCUAUAAAGUUGACAGAGCUUAAUCUAAUCAUACAUUGUUACCAUUUUUUUUUAAAGGAACCUGUGUUCAAAAUGAUUAAGGGCAUAACCCCUAGUGUCCUUAAGGAGAACGGAGGCAAGAUUUUAGGUUUGCUGUUCCAGGAAGCUGGAUUUGUUCUUUCCUGUGAUACAGCUCAAGAAGGGAACUCCCCAGGAGUGUCCAGGUUCACAGCUCACACCCUUGACCCAGCCCUGGAGAAGGAAGUGGAAAGUAUAGGUCCCCAAUGGGGUUAGAAUGUGCAGUUAUUCUUCCAGGUGAUUUGUAGCAGCCCUAGGCUUUCUGGGUUCUGCUUCUGGAAGAGGCUCAGGAAUAGGCUGUGAUUACCCCAAAAGACAGUCAAUUCUUAGGCAAAAGCUGCAGGUUGGCCUGGCUAAUCAACUAGCACCCCUUGCGGGCUGGCCUCUCUGGAGGUAUGAGGUGGGGAAGGCUAUUGGGAGAAUUACUGCCUUUCCUUUGGGGCUACUUUGCUGAGAACUUGGGAUUUUUUUUUUCAUUGUCUCUAGGCCUAGAAACCCCAUAUUUACUUUAAGAGAUUUAGCUCCUAGUUCUUUAAGUAAAAUACAAGUCUGUUGUGUAAGAGCCAUCACAUGCCCAGCCGUGGGUGGGAGCUGUUCUUGGAGAGCUUUUACCCCUGGGAGGUGAUGGAAUGGAACUCAGGGUGUCCCUCCCCCUCCCCAGACCUGAUCCCUUUCUUUGACUAACAGAGCCCCAUCCAGGCAAGAUUAGAGGGCCAAAUUGAAGCAGUCUACCUUUCCAUAGGCUGAUCUGUUUCCCUGCCACUCUGAGUUACCUUGAGAGAAUAUACUACCACCUAUCAAAUGAGGGGACUUCUCUAGAAGACCAUGUGGUCUCUUUUGGCUCCCACAUUGUAGGGGCCUCUAAGCAAGAAUUGCCAUUUGAAAUUUAGCACCUCCAGGAAAUUAGAGGGAAUGCAUAAUACUACAAUGGCCAGCAGGUGGCGCUGUGUUCUACCCAUUGUGAUGCAUGGUUCUGAAAGGGAAUGUUGUGCCUUUUAUGUCACAAGUUCAUAGUAAGAUGUUAACAAUGUUAAGAUGCUAAUGUUUUAACCAAAAUAAGCACUGAUCUUAAAUAUUAAGAGAUGAGCAUUUCCCGUGGGAAAUUUUAUUUGUCAUAAAACUAGUGUCAGGAAUCACUAAAGAGCCAACAAAGAUGGUCCUUCUGUGUCAAGAUUCUGUCCUGACUGGAAAUAGAAGCCAUCUUAGGGUGAGAGCGAAGACUGGUUGGAAGCUUAACUUUUGUUCCAUUUACCUCCUGCCAGCUUUUAGGAUAAUUUGAUUAUAAAGGAGUGGUCUCCUGGAAGGGGAAGGGGAGGUAUCAAACUGGUUUAAAAAAAAAAAAAAAAAAGUCAGGCUGGGGGUGUAGCUCAGUGGUAGAGCGCUUGCCUAGCAUACGUGAGGCCGUGGGUUCAACCCCCAGCAUCUCUGUCUCACACACACAAAAAACGCAAGUUUAAUGUCCGUUGUAUCACCAAUCAGUGUUAAAACACUAAAAUUGUAACCAAAAUAAAUGUCUUACCUUACAAAGAAA